GAUAACUAGCUUAGUGCGGAAUCCAUCAGAUCAGAAUGAAAACAUUAGCUGCUGUAAUUCUGUGCUUCGCUUUGGUGGCUGUGAAAGCCGCUCCUCAGGGGAGACCAGUUGCACCCCAGCAGGGACAGUACCCUCCAGGCCCUCCCCAAGGACAUCCCCCUCCUCCUCCCCCUCAAGUUGACUGGGGUCAGUGUCCACAACUAGAACCAAGCCAACAAGAGAAGGCCGCUAAACAACAAGUUAUUCAGACGUGUGUCCAGCAACAUCCACCAAAUUUCAAGGACCCAAGGAACGUCACUCGGCAAGAAGCUGAAGAGCACCGGAAUAGUAUCACCACCUGUGCCUUAAAAGCUGAAGGCUGGUUCGACGCAAGCGGGAAAUACAACUUCGAAAAAGCAAAAAAUGAAAUUAUAGAAAAAGGUUUGGGGUCAGAUGUCCAAACAGAAGUUUUGAAACACCAUGAUGCUUGUAGAAGCGAAGCCGAACAGAAGUUUCCUAACUCUUACAUUCAACAGGUCCAACUCUAUCAGGCCUGCAUGGACGUCCACAUUUCUCAGACCUGCAGAAUCCAAGUGAUCCCACCUCCAAAUUAUCGUGGGCCACCUCCACAGGGUCCACCGCCCCAAGGCUAUUAAUGUGCUGCAGCGCAGAACUUUGAGGCCCCGAGCCAAUCUCAUAAGAUAGAACUAUCCCGAAUGCUCUAAUCUUCAAGGCACCUAACUUGUGUAGAUUAUAUUUUUGAGAGGGAAGCAGUAGAUUACCUAUCAAGGUUAGCCCUCUAAAGGUUACCCCUCAACUCCCAAUGCUGUUGACAAAAGAAGACUUGUUACGUCCUGCUGAAGCUACAUUUCUUUUCUGAUACAAAUAAAGAAAAUAUAAAGUAUUAUUCUGCAUACUAUUCAAAUAAAAUCUUCUUCUUCU